AAGCAUUGAUUUUAUUUUAAUUUGUGUUUUAUGAGGCGCCAUAGGGGAGAAAAUGGCAUCAGCUGUUUGAACUUAAUUUUAUGUACCGUUUCAUUUUACCACAGUGGAAAGCUAUGAGAUUUUACCAUGAGUUACAGCAGUGUUCGGACAUUGACAGGUACGUGUGAACGAUGUCACAGUACGCUACAGUCCGUCGCGGAGCUCCUCAUCUUGUCCUGUGAUGCUCGUCCCAUCAGGACAGACACUGUCUCUAGCAAGUCCACGAUCUCGCAGAUCAGUGAGCGCAUCGUAACAAGUACGAAGACAAUCAAGACAUUAAUGAAGAGUGUCAUUAAUUACGUUCACAUGAUUACAACAAAGUCGGUGGAAAUCUGCGAGGGCCUGACCGAACUAACCUCCACUGUGGUAACAUUCAUGGAGUUAUGUAGUCACAUUGCUUAUAUUUGUGCAAUAUCUUUUAAGGACUGUUGUCAAGCUAUACCGGGGCUCGUAGAUAGAUAUUCUAUAUGCUUAGCGGGAUUAGAAAUUAAAUUAAGCUGCACUCGAUUAAAGAAGACUCGGAUUGACGACCUUUCACCUCAGCUAAUCAUCGAUUUGUGUUCAAAUAUAUCUAAACAUAUAUCAGUGUUAACGAAUAUUUGUAAGUCAGCUGAUGAGAAAGUUCGAGAGGAAGGGACUCGGGACCAGUUUAAGCUGUGUGUGAAGAGUGUGACUUGUGCCGCGGGGUGUCUUAUAGCUAGUAUAAAAACCUACAAAUCACAUCCUAACACACGCCACCAUUCUUGAUUUCUUAACUUCUGUGAUCCAGUAACGUCUACGGCACAAGCCCUCGUCAGUUUCGCCACAGAGGAAGAUUUCAUCGGUAAAGAGGCUGUUCUAACCCCUGAAGCCAGAGACAUACAAAAGUCCAUUCUUGCUGCCUGUAUGAGUAUUGUGUCCGCCUCUAUCCAUUUGUGUAAGACGGCCCGAGAACUGUCCUAUGACCUUAUGACCUCUCACCACAAGGACAAACUUAGAAUGUGUAUGGACAAUGUUGACCGUUCCUCCGUCCAGAUCAGAGAGAUUCUACAGAGGUACCAUGGGGGUGACCAUGCCAAUAGUGGACAUCCACCAACAUUUACAAACUCUGGUGACGUAAGUGACAGGGGAAAUAACUGUGAUAAUUCUCUGUCUGCCAAGGGAAGUAACUCCCCACCCCGCCAUCUUGCAAACUUAUUUCGACAGGAAUUUUCUGAGCAGGGAAAAUCCCCUGAAAGUCCUCCACAUGAGAAGUUCGCUCAGUUGCUACGGGAACAGUCGCCAUUGGCGAGUGGGAGUGAUGAGGACGUCAGGUCAGGGGGACAUAACUCUAGACCUGUAGAGGGGGAAUCUUAUAAAGGGUCACGUGAUGAGGGGGAGGACACAGAGGAAAGAAAUAUCCCGGGAAGUCCCUCCUCUGAAACCUCAGGACAUUCAGCGGCAUCUAGAUAAUCAAAGUACUGAAAGGAUCCACAGAUGUUUCUUAAAAGAUCGUAGAAAACUGGAUGUAUUGUGUAGUGAAAAACAAAAUAUUAACAAAAUGAACAUUCUGAUAUUACUUAUGUUGAAGUAAGACAAAUAAAAGAGAAGUACAAUG